AUGGAUGUGGUGGUUCUCCUUCUCCUGGCAGCCUUGCUGCAAGAUCCAGUUUUGAGCACCUUGUAUGGGUCCAGGUUUUUGAAAGGGGAGGUUGGAGGCUCCAUCACCCACCAGUGCUUCUACUCCACCACACCUGCCAACAAACACGACCGCAAAUAUUGGUGCAAAACGGCAGGAAACGGCGCUUGCUACACGGUCAUUUCUACCACUGGUUACACCUCCCAGCACCACACGGGCAGAGUGGCUCUCCAGGACCUCCCCCAGAACGGGACCUUCAUGGUGACCAUGAGAGAGCUGAAGAAAAGUGACACUGGGAUCUACCGCUGUGGCAUCGGCACCUCCAACAGAGACCUCUACGUCAGGCUGAACCUGACAGUCCUGGCAGGUAGGGUGAGGGGGGGCUGGCAGUGAGCAGGUCAGGGCUGGAGCAUCACUGACCAUCUGUACCAUCAAAUUGA